CCCCACCCCUCCCGCAAUGUCUCAAAAGUGCUAGUAACGAACGGACGCGUCCCGCAUCACGGCGGCCACCUGAGACUCACCACAUGCACGAAUGACGCGUCGCGCGUGCCCCCCCUACCAUGGACAUCGAUGACAUCCUCGCCGAGGUCGCCGUCGACACGAUGCCGCGCGAGACGCGCGACUUGCAGGAGCUGACGCGCGCGUGGGUCGCGGAGCGCAUUGCGCCCGAGAUAAUGGCGUGGCCGGGGGAGUUGAUGGAGAGGGUGCUUGCGAGGGUGGGGAGGCAGAUUGAGCUCGUGGAAGACCAGACGGGGAACAUGGAUCCGAAGACGAAUUUUCGCCUCAUUGUUGUGCAGACCGAAGUGGAGCGAUUCAAGUUUCUGGUGAGGAGUUUUUUGAGGGCGAGGUUGAAGAAGAUCGACACCCAUCCCUUCCACAUCCUCGCGAAACACACAGAGUCCGAUGCGUCCCACCCUCUGCUCUCCCCCGCAGAGUAUCAGUACCUCACCUCGCACCAGGCGCUGCUGGCCGCACACUACGGCGCCUCCUUCCUGUCGCAGUUCCCGAACAGUCUGCAGCGGAUGGACGACACGACGGGCGGGAUCAGCAUGGUGGAUAAACCCGACGAGGACGCCGCAGUGUUUGUGAGGGUGCUGAGGGAUGUCGGGGAGGUCGCGAUAGAGGGGACGGAUAAAAGAUUGGAUAUGAAGAGAGGGGAUGUAUGGGUUGUGAGGUGGAGUGCGGUGAGAGGUUGGGUGGGGAGUGGGGAUUUGGAGGUUAUAUGACAUGAUUGGGAAGGUGUGGCAUAAGGUCGCCAGGAACUGAGUGGCUGCGCCCGAUAACGCUGGCUUCGGGGCAGCUUUAGCGGGAAGAAGACUAAGGGAGCGGGCAAGCUGUCGAUAUAUCCGCUAUGCAUAUUGAAGUAGAACCGCACGACGGAAGUGGAGCCCAGCGAACAUCACUCACCUCGGCGAGACACGGCUAUGGAAAUACAAAACACUACAUAAUACACGAGUCUGUACACAGGGAGUGCAGUGUACGUCAGACGGCUCUGCGACUGACGACGUCACUACUGAAGAGACCAUUUUACAUGCUCCCGCAGUACCGUGUGAUCGUGGAAUUGUGUGCUGGCGUG